AUGAAAGCAACACUUGCAAGGAUCGAAAAGGAGCUGGUGCCCAAUCUCAAGUUCAUCGCAAAGCUGGUCGCUGUGGAUGCAGGGCUCUGCAGACUCCGGCAGCUAACGCCAGAGCAGGUUGUUGCCAGCAAAAAAGUGACUUCUCAGUUCCGAUGUGGUGGAGACGUGCAUCUGGAGGUUACAACGCGAGAGCAGGCGAUUACGAUGUCCUGUGAUCCGUGCUGCUGGACGCGAGGAGUAGACGGAGUUGACAGAGGCAGUGUGGUGAUUGCCCUUGUGGUAGUGAACAACGCCAUGGGCCGGGAGUUCUGGGCCGUGAAGGGUCUGGCGACGAUCGACGUAACGGGCACGAGCGAAGCUGAGGAGGCCUUGCUGGCAUAUCUCAGUACUGUGAACGAGAAGCUGCUGGAUUGGAAGAGCUCUUUCGAGAAAUCUGGCGUGCAGGGUGGAGUGGAGGUAAUCCAUCGCUUCAGGCAACAGCUGUUGGACAUCGACGAGGCAUUUUCCAGGUGGGCCAAGGAGCAACUUAACAAGAUGAGGUCACAACAACCAGCCGAAGAUCAUGUUUCUUGGCCUCCGUCUUUGCACUGCCCCGUGCCGAAUCACCCUCUUCAGGCCACACCGGUUAUCCAGCAUACAGACGCAAGCAUGCAGAUUCUUUGCAGGGAACUGAAAUCUAUCACGGAGGAAGCCUUCGCGCAGCAUUGCAUUGAGGUUGACGAGGCCUUGCAAGAAUGUGUGCAAUCAUUCUCAGCCUUCAAGACGGCGCAAGGCAUGAGCAGGCUGCCUGAGGCGUCCGAAGUCGUGGAGCAUUCACGUUUAGGGCUGUGGAAGGACGUUUCCAGUCUUCUGGUGUUCAAAGCCGCCGAGGUUGGGGCCAUCAGCGCCUCACAAGCACCAACGAGCAAAGCCUCUGCAGUUUUUCCUCCUAAUCUUCUGCAUCAGCUCAGGCUGUUCGUUGUGCCUUACGAUGCACGUGCUUUGCAGGAGGCCACAAAUCUGGUCAACGGCGUGCUGCGGCAGGCAUGCGGACUCCAGGAGGCUAUCCUGGAGGAGCACCUUCUUCGUGACGUUCUCGUUCAGAACCAAGUUGAGAAGGCCUUCCUGGCAUACCUCAGCGAGGUGAACGAGAAGCUACUGGAUUGGAAGUGCUCUUUCGAGAAAUCUGGCAUGCAGAGUGGAGUGGAGGUAAUCCAUCGCUUCAGGGAGCAGCUGUUAGACAUUGACGAGACUUGUUCCAAGUGGGGCAAGGAGCAACUUGACAAAAUGAGGUCCCAACAACCAGCAGAAGAUCAUGUCUCUUGGCCUCCGUCCUUGCAGUGCCCUUUGCCGAAUCAUCUUCUUCAAGUCACAUCCAUUGUCGAGCAUACAGAUGCAAGCAUGCAGAAUCUUUGCCGGGAUCUGGAAUCCACCAUGGCAGAAGAAGCCUUCGUGCAGCACUGCCUGAAGGUAGACAGGGCCUUGCAAGAGUGUAGGCUCUCAUUCUCAGCGUUCAACAUGGCUCCGGGCACGCAUAGGCUGCCCCAGCCGUCAGAAGUCGUGGAGCAUGCAUGUACAAGGUUGUGGGAGGACGUUUCCAGUCUCCGGGAGCGCAAGUCGAAGAAGGUUCUAGACAGCAUGCAGAACCUUAGAAGGGAUCUGAAAUCCAUCAUGGCGGAGGAAGCCUUCGUGCAGCAUUGCAUUGAGGUUGACGAGGCCUUGCAAGAAUGUGUGCAAUCAUUCUCAGCCUUCAAGACGGCGCAAGGCAUGAGCAGGCUGCCUGAGGCGUCCGAAGUCGUGGAGCAUUCACGUUUAGGGCUGUGGAAGGACGUUUCCAGUCUUCUGGUGUUCAAAGCCGCCGAGGUUGGGGCCAUCAGCGCCUCACAAGCACCAACGAGCAAAGCCUCUGCAGUUUUUCCUCCUAGUCUUCUGCAUCAGCUCAGGCCGUUCGUUGUGCCUUACGAUGCACGUGCUUUGCAGGAGGCCACAAAUCUGGUCAACGGCGUGCUGCGGCAGGCAUGCGGACUCCAGGAGGCUAUCCUGGAGGAGCACCUUCUUCGUGACGUUCUCGUUCAGAACCAAGUUGAGAAGGCCUUCCUGGCAUACCUCAGCGAGGUGAACGAGAAGCUACUGGAUUGGAAGUGCUCUUUCGAGAAAUCUGGCAUGCAGAGUGGAGUGGAGGUAAUCCAUCGCUUCAGGGAGCAGCUGUUGGACAUUGACGAGACUUGUUCCAAGUGGGGCAAGGAGCAACUUGACAAAAUGAGGUCCCAACAACCAGCAGAAGAUCAUGUCUCUUGGCCUCCGUCCUUGCAGUGCCCUUUGCCGAAUCAUCUUCUUCAAGUCACAUCCAUUGUCGAGCAUACAGAUGCAAGCAUGCAGAAUCUUUGCCGGGAUCCGGAAUUCAUCAUGGCGGAAGACUAG